AUGAGUACCGAUGUUGAUGUAGACGCCUUACUAGAGGCUUCUUUUAGUAAUUUUGCCAAUGGAGGAAAAUCAACCAAUUCAAAUGAAUCUGGAUCGACAAGCAGUAAUGGUUCUACAUCUGCUCAAUCAAUAGAAAAGGAGAAAAAGAGAGACUCUCGUGAUAGAGAUGGAGGUAAAAGAGAUUACAGGGAUCGUGAUAGAGACUAUAGAGACAAUAGAGACAAUAGAGAUCGCGAUUACAGAGAUAAUAGAGACAGCAGAGGAGGAGAUAGAGACUAUAGAGAUAAAAGAGAUUAUAGAGACAAUAGAGACAGAGAUAGAGAUUAUAGAGACAGAGAUUAUGAUAGUAGAGAUCGUCGUGGUGGUGGCGGUGGCGGAGGAUACAAUAAUAGAGACCGUGAUUAUGAUGAUCGUAGAUCAUAUGGUGGUGGUAAUAGAGGUCGUUAUGACCGACCAUAUGAACGUCGUGAUAGACCACUUCCACCACCUGAACCAGUUCUCCCUGAAUUGACACCAGAAGAAGAAGAAGAAAUGGAUCUUCGUACUGCUUUUAUUCAAAAUCUAUCACCAAAGGUUCAUGAAAGUGAUUUGUAUGAUUUCUUUGCUCAAGCUGGUAAAGUUGUAAAGGUUAGUUUAGUGGUAGAUCGUAUCACUAGAAAAUUAAAAGGUGUAGGUUAUGUAGAAUUUAAAGAAAAAGAUAUGGUUGACGAAGCAGUUAAAUUAACAGGUCAAAAAGUUUUAGGUCAUACCAUUGCUGUACAUCGUGUACAACCAGAGAAAAAAUCAACAGCAACAACAAUAAUUGGAGCAACAACUGCAAUGGAUGCAACAUCAUUGAUGGCAACAAAUGCAGAUCCAACAACAUUAAAGAACAAUACAACAUCAACGGUUGCACAUAAUAGUAGAUUGUAUGUUGGAUUUUUGAAUUUGGGAAUGACCGAGGAGCAGAUCAGGGCAUUGUUUGUUCCAUAUGGUGAGGUGGACUUUAUCAAUGUUCAUAUCAAGCCAGGCAUCUACAAGUAUGCCUUUGUACAGUUUAGGACAUCGGAAGCUGCUGCUCGAGCCCAUGCCGAUCUCAACGGAAAGGACUUGCUUGGCAAGCCACUCAAGAUCACCUUUGUGUCAGAGGACAAGAUCAACAGCGGGGGUGUCCGUAAGCAACAGCAACAACACGUGAUUGGUAUUGCCGGCGUCAACCCACUCAUCCCUAUCAACCCACAUAUUUUACAGGCUGGUAUGCAAUUCCAACAACAACAGAUGUAUCAGCCAAUGGGCUCGCUCGACGACGAGGAGGGAAGCGCGCCAUUGAGCGCACAAGCCAAGAUCGCGUUGACGGCCAAGCUCCAAGGACUGCCCGUCCCUGGGUCGGCUGCUGCAGCCGCCGCAACCACCACUCCACCUCCACCUGGUACUGGGUUGUUGGGUGCCAUGCCAUACGGUAUGACGAUCCAGCAACAACAACUACACAUGUUGCAACAACAACAACAGCAACUCCAACAACAACAACAAAUGCUCCAACAACAGCUACAACAAUCACUCACUACUCCCACUGGGUCGGCUGCUGCUGCUGUUGGCUCGUCACCCGCUGUUGUAGAGGUGGUCGCUGUCGUUGCGCCAUCUCCAUGUAUGGUACUCAAAAACAUGUUUGAUCCAGACUCGGAAACUGGCGAUGAAUGGCCACAAGAGAUUCAAAAGGAUGUCGAAGAAGAGUGCACCAACUUUGGUAACAUUAAACAUAUAUUUUUAGAUAGAUACAGUCAAGGUUACAUCUACCUCAAGUAUGACAAUAGCGAUAUGGCCGCUCUUGCCAUUAGCAAGUUGAAUAGAAGAUGGUUCUCUAGUAAAAUGUUAUCGGCUGAAUUCAUCCCCGAAACAAUCUAUUAUCAAAAGUUCCCAGAAGCUUUAUCAAAAUAA